AUGCCGUGGGCUGCACUAGCCCUGCGCACGCGCCUCGAGACCAUCCCGCGCUAUUCCCUUAACCCCGCCUCUAGCCCGUCGCCGCCAUUUUUUCAGAGACUUUCAUCCGGCAACGGACGGGGCCUUUUUUUCUUAAAGGAGAAGCGGCAACUCAAAUUAAUUUACCCCUUCUCCCCUCAGGAGCUGGCGGCGCUGGGGACAGGAAGGCCAGAGCAGGAAGCUGCGGCCGCCGCCGCCGCCGCUGUGUCCCGCCGGAGGAAGGCCGAGUAUCCCCGCCGGCGGAGGAGCAGCCCCAGCCACAGGCCUCCCGACGCCCCCGGGCAGCAGCUCGCGGCCGCGAAGCCCCCGUCUCCUGCUCAGGGCAAGAAGAGUCCGCGACUCCAGUGCGUAGAAAAAAUAGCAACUGAUAAAGAUCCCAAGGAAGAGAAAGAAGAUGAUUCUGUCCUCCCUCAGGAAGUUUCCAUUUCUGCAACGAGACCUAGCCGGGGCUGGCGCAGUAGUAGCAGGACAUCUAUCUCUCGCCUUCGAGACACUGAGAAUACUCGCAGCUCUAGGUCCAAGACUGGUUCGUUGCAACUUGUCUGCAAGUCAGAACCAAUUACAGAUCAGCUUGAUUAUGACGUUCCAGAAGAACAUCAGUCUCCCGGUGGCGUUAGUAGUGAUGAGGAAGAGGAGGAGGAAGAAGAGAUGUUAGUCAGUGAAGAGGAAAUACCAUUCAAAGAUGAUCCAAGAGAUGAGACCUACAAGCCUCACCUUGAAAGGGAAACCCCAAAGCCACGGAGAAAAUCAGGGAAGGUGAAAGAAGAGAAAGAAAAGAAAGAAAUUAAAGUGGAAGUAGAAGUAGAGGUGAAAGAAGAAGAGAAUGAAAUUAGGGAAGAUGAGGAGCCUCCUAGGAAGAGAGGGAGAAGGAGAAAAGAUGACAAAAGUCCACGGUUACCCAAAAGGAGAAAAAAACCUCCAAUCCAAUAUGUCCGUUGUGAGAUGGAAGGAUGUGGGACUGUUCUUGCUCACCCUCGCUAUUUGCAGCACCACAUUAAAUACCAGCAUUUGCUGAAAAAAAAAUAUGUAUGUCCCCAUCCCUCCUGUGGACGACUCUUCAGGCUCCAGAAACAACUUCUGCGACAUGCCAAACAUCAUACAGAUCAGAGGGAUUAUAUCUGUGAAUAUUGUGCUCGGGCCUUCAAGAGUUCCCACAAUCUGGCAGUACACCGGAUGAUUCACACGGGCGAGAAGCCAUUACAAUGUGAGAUCUGUGGAUUUACUUGUCGACAAAAGGCAUCCCUUAAUUGGCACAUGAAGAAACAUGAUGCAGACUCCUUCUACCAAUUUUCUUGCAAUAUCUGUGGCAAAAAAUUUGAGAAGAAGGACAGCGUAGUGGCACACAAAGCAAAAAGCCACCCUGAGGUGCUGAUUGCAGAAGCUCUGGCAGCCAAUGCAGGCGCCCUCAUCACCAGCACAGAUAUCUUGGGCACUAACCCAGAGCCCCUGACACAACCUGCAGAUGCUCAGGGGCUUCCUCUUCUUCCUGAGCCCUUGGGAAACUCAACAUCUGGAGAGUGCCUACUGCUAGAAGCUGAAGGGAUGUCUAAGUCAUACUGCAGUGGGACAGAACGGGUGAGCCUUAUGGCUGACGGAAAGAUCUUUGUGGGCAGCGGCAGCAGUGGGGGCACUGAAGGGCUGGACAUGAACUCGGAUAUACUCGGUGCUACCACAGAGGUUCUGAUUGAAGAUUCAGACUCUGCUGAACCUUAGUGCAAAGGAAGACUUUGGGCACUGGGACAGUGCAGACUUUGUAUUUAAAAGAUAAAAAGGACAAAAAAAAAAAUUUAAAGCAUUUAAAAUCUAGUAAAAUAACUGAAGGGCCUGCUCUUUGCAUUGUGGAUCACAGACACACACACACACACACACACACACACACACACACACACACACACACACACACACAGACUCUCUGUCGUCCCCCCCACACACACACAUACACUUCUCCUUCUCUCUCCCUCCACCCCUUCCCCUGAACUCCCCUCACUCAUCCUUAAAACAUUGAUGUUGCCUUUACCAGAAAGGUCAUUGAAAAAGCAGCAGCAUACUUGGUUCCAGCCAACAGCUGACUUCCUGCUCAUCGGCAGAUCUCCUUUUCCCAACCUAUAACUGAUGUGCUCUGGAUCAGCUUUUAACUCAUAAUAAUAUAUUACUGUCAUUUAAAUCUUUUCUCCUCUACUGCUGCCCUAUGGCUCUGGCUUCUCAAUGCAACAACCAACACUUAUCAAAUAUUAUAUAAUUCUAUUUUCUGGAGGCUGGCAGCUUGACUUGGCACUUUAGGGCCCCUUAGCAGGAUGCUGUUAAAACAGCACAUAUCUCUCACCCCUCUUCCAUUAUUUACUGGGUUUGGGGAAGGAAGGAUACAUGGGGACCACCUCCCUCCCCUUCAGUGGAUCCCAGCACCUCAGUCCCCCCCCCCUCCCAAACCUCCAUAUGGCUCUUAAUGGUGCUCACUUGCUUGGAAGCAGGCUCCCAAGAGAGAGGGGACUGCCCUAUGUACGUACAGUCUUCUGUAAGGCUGUAAGACAGGGCUCUAUGUCAGUGAGAAAAGUCCCAGGCUAAUGGCAGAAAUUUGCACUUUGAACAUGUGUGUUUUUUGUGUUGUGGAACCUGAGAUUCCUUAUUUAUUAAUGGAAAGUCUGAUUUUUGGGGGGGAGGGUCUUUGUUGCUAUGUUUUGUGGGGCUGGGAGAGUAGAUUAUUCUGACAUGGGAUCCUUCCUACAAGAGGUACUUUGAAGGCAAGGCUUAGAGUUAAAGAAGCACAGCCAGCCUCUAAAAUCAUAGUUUUCCAGUGGCCUUUAAAGAAAGCUGGUCCUCAGCACUAACAGAAUCACUACAGUAGCCUAGUGCUUUUUUGGAAGCCUUAGGGAAGGUUGAUAGGUUUGUGGUAACUAGUGUGCUCUUUGAGAUACAAGGAUUUGAGGGGAUGAGGAAUGUUGUUCAAGGUCUGAAUCACACUUAAAAGAUUUUUUUCUUCUGUGAUUUUAUUUUCUCUUUUUGUCCUUACCAUUCAUUUCUUUGCAUUUAUCUCCCUGCUGACCUAAUUGGCUCUUUGUUUUGAUUUCGGUUUUGGUUUUGUCAUUGGUCAUUCCAGCUCUCCCUUAGUGGAAGACCAGACCCUGUCAUUCAUGAAGGAACAAAAUUAAGAGUCCUAGAGUAUUGGUUCAGAGAAAACUGUUGUGUCUUGUUUCCCCUAUAGAAAAGACAAAGUUUGAAUAGACAUAAACAAAGGUGGAAACCUGUGUGAUAAUGUCUUUGGCUUUCCCCGAAUUAUCUAUUUUUCUUGGAGUAGGAAUUUUAAUGCAUUGUGGAUUAUUAAUAUCAUUGGGAGAUGCAGAUCGUGUUUUUACAUGCUUAUACCUCUCAGAAGACUAAAACCCUAAUUCAGCUUCCCUUUUUUUGAGAAUUAGAAGUGCAGUUCCUCCCUGUGUGCUUCAGAAUCUGCCAUUGAAGACCUGGCCGGUUGUCAGAAAUACAUGAUGACUGUUGGGAAAAUUAAGAGUCUGACUGAGAACAAAAUAAGGAACAGCUUGUUUUUCACAAACACUAAAACUAUGGAGUUUAUCAAAUUUUCUCUGUUUAAUUUUUUCUCAAAAAAUGUCAUCUCUGAAAGACACUUACUGUACACCCACCAAUGUCACUGGUUGGGAUGCCAGGGAGGAGGGAGGAAGACACCUACAGGAACAAUCUUAAACACAUUAUUGUUUUCUCUAGAGUGUUGCAGACUUUGCCAUCCCUUCCAUGUGAGGGAAGAGAAGGCAUGAAGACAGGCUGUCCUACCCCACAGAGUUUGACUUUGGUACAUUGGUUUGAAAUGUAUAUUGACUUGGUACAUUGGUACACAGAUUUGAAAAUACUGUAAGAGUAAUUAUAAAUGGAACUGCAACAAAGUUGCUCUACUUGAUACUGUUUCUCUAGCUAAUAUCUGUAUCCUACACUUACCCUUUGUUUUUCACAUUUAGACUGUCUCCAUAAAUUUCACUUAGAGUGGUUACUCAUCCAUCAGAUAUAGCCACCCACAGGAAAGCAGACUGCAUUGUAAACAUCUCUUCUUUCUGGGAUGGGGAGAAAUAUGUUCUUUUCUGUACCUCACUCCCCUCCCCAGGAAAGCAACUAGUUAUAAUAAUUAGAAACUUUCAGUCCUCUCAUUUGGGGGACGGGGUGUAAAGGGGGCUCGGUCAUCUUCAUAGCUACCAUUUGCUGACAAUAAAUUAUUGUAGCAGUUUGCAAUAAAUUUUAAGAUAUUUUUCAUGAACUUUUUUUUCUUUUGAGAAUAAGUGCUUGCAUAGUAAAAGUAUAUGAGCAAACUAAGCACCAUUCCCAUUUUCUUUCUUCCCAUGCCACUUGUUGAAUUGUCCUUUAAGGGGUCUUUUUAAUCUUAAAAAAAAUGAUAACUAUUUCAUACUCAUAUCUUACUAUCUUUUAAAUAACUAGUCAUACCUUCAUUUUCAUUUGGCAAGUCUAAAUUUUAUGGAUAUAGUUGUGAUAAUUACUCGGUAUUUCUGGGAGUUAUGUAUACUCCUUGCUUGGGUUGCUGGUGUAUUUUACAUAAUUAGACCCUAAUACAUUUUACAGGAUUUAGUCAGACACUGACUGGGAGUCCUGGAGAUGAGCAUGCAAAACAUCAUUAUAGAGCACUUGGACCUCCCUUACACCUGUUUGGAGGAAGAAUGUGAACCCAACCACCAACCUAAGUGAGGUUUUACAGCCUCACUGCAGACCAGUUUUGCUCCUGUCCUUCCAAUUUUCCAUAUAUUCAAGAAAAUCAGAACAUUGUAAUGGGGCAGUUGUAUUUCCUAAAAUCUUUUUUGCCUGUUUAAAUGUGCAGGACCCUUUUCCUGUGAUGAGAGAUAGGUGGUUACUUGAUUUAGGUUUAAAAGUUAUGUAAAAAAAAAAAAAAUUAUAAUAAAAGGGAUACUUUGCUUUUAAAA